CAACUCAAAAAAAAAAAAGAGGAGCUGUAUGUAUGUAGGGGCAGAUGGUGACAAGUGCCAAGCAGACAUGAGGGGUGUGUGGGACUUCAGAUUCGGUGGCAGCCUAAGCAGGUGACAGAAGAGCAUGCCGGUACCUAGGGGAACAGCAUUUCGGGGGGAGGGGCGGAACAGCUAGUGCAAAGGCCCUGAGGCAGGACAGAGCUUGGCAUGUUGGAAGAACAGCAAGAAAGCCCACAGAUGGAGGGAAACAGGAUGCUGUGAGGGCGGCCAGUGAGGACUUGGGCUUUCCCUGAGCGGGACGGGAGCCACAGGGGGCUGCAAACAGAGGAGGAACAGGCCCAACGGUGUCACAGCCUCCUUCUCACCUCCAUGGGGUGAGGAGGAAGCCAGGAUACCUGACAGAACCCCAGAGGGUAGUGGUGGUCGGGGGUGGGGGCAAGGCUGUGCAGAUGCAGAGAAGUGGCCAGAUGCAGGGCCACCUGGAUGUGUUGUAGGGGACUGGGUGUGGGGCAAAGGGAACGUGUGUUCACCUGUGCCCCUGAAGGUCAGGUGCGGGUGUGUGGGAGACAGUGCGGCUGCUGCAGGACUCAUCCCUGCAUCCUGCACCUUGAAGGCCAGGUGUGGGGACAUCCUGGGGGCUAGGAUUUGGCAGGGGAGUGCAGCAGUGCCUGGGGAGGUGGCAGUCCUAACAGAGGUGACCAGUAUCUUCCUUGAUGGCCUUCAGGGGCUUUGGGCACAGGGCCUUGUCAAUGAACGGUGCAUUGGAAAGUCACUAAUGGUGGUCCCAAUGAUGUCAUAGUCAAUCCAGAUUGGGAGUCUCUCCCACGUUGGCACCCACUCCUGCGGCCUCCCUGCAACUCCUGUAUUAACCUGAUGUUGGGGAGGCCCCCGGGGUUCCCCAGGGUCACAGAGCAGCAAGUGACCCUCAGAGAACCCCCUAAUCUCAGCAGCCCCCAUUACACGUUUGUCCCAGUAGCCCGCUCUGCAGACCUGCAGAAGAAGAUGCCUGGGAAGUGCCCAGGGUCCCCGCGUCCAGGCUGGAACCCCAUUGUCAAGCUCCUGGUGUAGGGCAGAGGGCUGCGUCUCCACUAGAUGCGCUUCCCAACGCCCUCGCGUGGGCCGUUUCCUUUUGAAGAAUGAGAAUGUUUCAUUGAGGCUAUGCCUCCUGAAUGCAGGAAGACCACGGGAUGGUCCCAAGACUGUGCCAAGGCGUGCCAGGCCUCGGGUCCUUGAGGAGCAGCGAGGGCUCUGAGAAUGCCCCUGGCGAAGCGGUGCCGCCUCCAGCCCAGAGAUGCCGCCAAGAUGCCCGAGAGCGCUUGGAAGUUUCUCUUCUACCUGGGCAGCUGGAGCUACAGUGCCUACCUGCUGUUUGGCACCGACUACCCCUUCUUCCACGACCCACCAUCUGUCUUCUACGACUGGAUGCCGGGCAUGGCGGUGCCGCGGGACAUCGCAGCCGCCUACCUGCUCCAGGGAAGCUUCUAUGGCCACUCCAUCUACGCCACGCUGUACAUGGACACCUGGCGCAAGGACUCGGUGGUCAUGCUGGUCCAUCACGUGGUCACUCUCAUCCUCAUCGUCUCCUCCUACGCCUUCCGGUACCACAAUGUGGGCAUCCUUGUGCUCUUCCUGCACGAUAUCAGUGACGUGCAGCUUGAGUUCACCAAGCUCAACAUUUACUUCAAGUCCCGCAGUGGCUCCUACCACCGGCUGCAUGCCCUGGCAGCAGACCUGGGCUGCCUCAGCUUUGGCUUCAGCUGGUUCUGGUUCCGCCUCUACUGGUUCCCGCUCAAGGUCCUGUACGCCACCUGUCACUGCAGUCUGCGCACGGUGCCUGACAUCCCCUUCUACUUCUUCUUCAAUGCGCUUCUGCUGCUGCUCACCCUCAUGAACCUCUACUGGUUCCUGUACAUCGUGGCGUUUGCAGCCAAGGUGUUGACAGGCCAGGUGCGCGAGCUGAAGGACCUGCGGGAGUACGACGUGGCCGAGGCCCAAAGCCUGAAGCCCAGCAAAGCCGAGUGAGUGUGGAGGGGCCCGCACCCCGCAUUCCCUCCUUUAGUGUCGCCUGUCCGAGCAUGCUCAUGGGCAGGCCCCCAAGACCCAGCAGCAGAUGAGGCCGACGCGGAUGCUGCCCCCCAAGCCUACUCCAAAACAGAGACUGCAAUAAAGAUGUGGACAAUGUGGCCACUACCCUGAAGGACAGGACAGUGAGGAAGGGGAGGGAGAGGCUGGGGAGGGGCAGGCAGGGCAACAGGCAGGGUCUCGGCAGUGGGGACACUGAGGGCCAGGCCUAGUGGCUGGUGUGGCCGCAGUGGACGAGCUGGGGCCCUGUGAGUGGUGAGGAGUAGCUGUUGACCAGGCUGGAUGACAACCUCCGACCCAUGUCCCCACUGGAGCCGGUGGCAGUGGGGCUGGGGAGGAAGGAAUGCCCAGGGCCGCAGAGAGAGCCCAGGCUCCAUCUGGGCUGAGACGUCCUGGCCUCCGAGUCUGGCAGGGGAGCCCACUGCCCAGCCAAACAGGAGCUGGGGCUGGGAGCUCGGACAGUCCAACCCAGGAAGGAGUCCUGGGGAAGGAGACAGCCCAGGCCGGGGGCGGGCAGGCAGGCGCCUGGGCCAGGGAUGAACGGAGGCCGAAUUGGGUGACAAGCAGGUGUGCAGUGUCUCAUAGGCAAUGUGAGGAGUGUUUGAGCAGGGGCCAGGACAGGAGGUUGUGGAAGGCUCUGGAAGGUGCCGACCAGCCGGCCCUCUGAUUUGGCCAGUGGGGGCCAUCAGUGACCUGGGAACGAUGGUUUCAGGGAAGCAGUGGCUCAGAGCUCCGUGAUGUUUUUUGCAAUGGGAGGUGCGAGAUGCAGACAUUUAACACAUCCGGGGCUGUAGCCAGGCAGAGGAGCCUCAGACCCCCCACCCUGUUUGGAAGGGAGAACCCACCAGAUUCGCCUUGGGUGUAGAUGAAACAGAAAUAAAAGAAUCAAAGAUGACUCAAGA